AUGCCUACAAAACCGAAGUUUAGUUUGUGCUGUUCUGAAGGAAGAGUUGAACUCCCUCUAUUGAAAGAACCUCCACCCUUUCUUGGAAAAUUACUCAAUAUUAAUAGUGAUCAGAGAUCAAUAAACUUUCAACUAGGGAUAAGAAUCUACAACUCUCUCUUUGCUUUCACUUCUUUGGGGGGUAAUGUUGAUAGAUCAGUGAAUAAUGGUUCUGGUCCAUAUGUGUUUCGUGCAAAUGGUCAAACUCAUCAUAGAAUUGGAUCACUUCUUCCUAUCCAUGGCCAAAAACCUAAGUUUGCACAGCUUUAUAUUUAUGAAACUGAUAAUGAAGUUAAAAAUAGAAUUGAUGCAGUUAUACAUGAAGAUGAUAGAAAUUAUGUGGAUCCAGAUAUUGUUACCGGGUUGAUGGAAAUUUGCAAUUCUGGUGAAAGGCAAUAUGACUUACCUGUAACGUCUGAGACAGUUGGUCUUAUUGUUGGAGAUUUUGAUAUUGAAAGUUCUGAUAGAGAUAUUAUUGUUGAGAAUCAAAGUUUAGGAUUGCAACGUAUAAAUGGAACUCAUCCAAGCUUUAUGGCAUUGCAAUAUCCAUUACUUUUUCAGUAUGGUGAGGAUGGGUAUAUGCUUGGUAUACCUUAUAGGAAUUUGAAUGGGAGCAAUUCUAGAAAAAGGGAAUCAAUAACAAUGAGAGAAUACUAUGCUUAUAGGCUUCAACAACGCUUUCAUGAGGGCAAGACAUUGUUGCUUGGUAGGAGGCUUUUUCAACAAUUUAUAGUGGAUGCAUACACUUCUAUCAAAGAAGAAAGACUACAAUGGGUUAGAUUCAAUCAAAAAAAAUUGAGGUCAGAGCUGUACUAUGGUUUGAAAGAUGCCGUUCUUCAUGGUGAUACAGAUCCCAUUAUUGUAGGCAAACGAAUAGUCCUACCAUCGUCAUUUACUGGAAGUCCAAGAUGGGCAGGUUACCCAGAUUUAUUUCUUACAUUUACUUGCAAUCCAAAAUGGCCAGAGAUCAAUCAUUCCUUAGAAUUUAUAGGAGGCCUGAAAUAUGAGGAUCGGCCAGAUAUUGUAGCAAGAGGACUCCCACAUGCACAUAUUCUUCUAUUCUUGGAUCCAAAGGAUAAGUGUCCAAGUCCAACAGACAUUGAUGGUAGCAUUAUGGCUGAGAUACCACAUCUAGAUGAGGAUCCUGUUGCUAAUGAAGCUGGAUCAAAUAGAGCAACAGUUGUUGUAGAAGAGAAUUUGCCAAAUAUUGGGCGUGAUGGACAAGAGACCGACAUUGUUGUUGAUGAGACAAAAGCAUACUUGGAUUGUAGAUAUAUUUCAGCUUCUGAAUCAUGUUGGAGAAUAUUUGAAUUUCUAAUUCAGUUUCGAUAUCCACUUGUUGAAAGAUUAAAUUUUCAUUUGGAAGACGAACAUCCCAUCAUUUAUCUGGAAAAUACAAGCUUGGAUAAUGUUUUAAAUAUACCUGGUAUUGAAGAAACAAAGUUUACAGAAUGGAUGAAAACAAAUGAGGCUUUUGAAGAUGCUCGAGAGUUGACUUAUGCUGAAUUGCCUACAAAAUGGGUAUGGCAUAGUAAUGAUAAGCAAUGGCAAAGAAGGAAAUAUAAAUAUUGUAUCGGAAGAGUGUAUUACGCACAUCCUUCAAGUGGUGAAAGGUUUUAUUUGAGAAUGUUGCUUAACAUUGUCAAAGGUCCAAGAAACUUUAAAGAAUUAAGGACUAUAAACGAUGUUACUUAUCCAACUUAUAAGGAAGCCUAUUAUGCACUUGGACUUCUUGAUGAUGACAAAGAAUGGCAUGAUUCCCUAAUUGAAGCUUCUAGUUGGGCUAGUGGGCAACAAUUGCGUCAACUAUUUGUUACAAUGCUAUUGUUCUGUGAAGUAGCUGAUCCAUUAAGUCUUUGGGAAUCCAACUGGAAAUUGAUUACAGAAGAUAUACUAAAUAGGCAAAGGCAUAUCCUCCAAUUCCAAGAACUAAUUUUAUCAGAUGACCAAUUGAGAAAUUAUGGAUUGUAUGAAAUCGAACAAAUCCUCCAACAAUAUGGAAGAUCACUUAGAGAUUAUCCACAAAUGCCCCAGCCAAAUAUGGAUCUUAUUCAGAAUGGGAAUAGACUUAUUCAAGAAGAAAUGUCGUAUGAUGUAUCAAGUUUGAAAAGAGAACAUGAGAUCCUAAUUUCUGGCCUAAACAAUGAACAGAGAAUAAUCUACAAUUCUAUAAUGGAAGCAGUUGCUACUGAAAGAGGGGGAAUGUAUUUUGUCUAUGGAUAUGGUGGAACGGGUAAAACAUAUCUUUAUAGAACCAUCAUGUCUGGUAUAAGAUCAAAAGGAAAAAUUGCUCUUGCUAUUGCGUCUUCAGGAAUUGCUGCUUUGUUGCUUCUUGGUGGAAGGACUGCUCACUCGAGAUUUCAUAUCCCAAUUAAUGUAAAUGAUGACUCUACCUGUGACAUAAAGCAAAGAACACAAGCAGCAGAACUUCUCACAAAAACAAGUAUUAUACUUUGGGAUGAAGCACCGAUGGCACAUAGGAAUUGUUUUGAAGUUGUUGACCGUACGUUACGAGAUAUACUACAAAUUGAAGAUCCUCAAAAUGCUGAAAAAACUUUUGGUGGUCAAGUUGUAGUUCUAGGGGGUGAUUUUUGA